AUGACGGUGCCAGGAAGCACCGAGGGCGGCGGUGGCGUGUGCUGCGAGCGGCUGCACCUGGUGGACCUGGCGAGCAGCAAGCAAACGGGCACGCGUGCGGGGCGGGGGCGCCUAGCUUGCAAGGGGUUUGGAAGCAGCCAGUCACGCGGGUGCGAGGGAUUGCUAGGGCGCACGUGGGGCUGGAGUGCUGACGUAAUGCGUGCAAUCAGUCCACCAGCGAAAGCCGCGGGGGACCCCCCUCUGCCGCCGUCGGUUCUGGACAAUCUGUAA